GAUGUGAAAGCAGCAGAGAAGAGAAAGGCAGAGAACCCUCUGCAUCCUCCCAGAGCCCCUUCCUUCCAUCCUGCAAGAGCCCCUUCCUUCCACCCUGCAACAGCCCCUUCCUUCCACCCCUCCACCCUGCAACAGCCUGUCCUGGGGUGUGCGGAGACCCCUCCGGGCUCCAUCAUUCAGCUGUGUAUGAAGGAAUCCGCUUCUGCCGCACAAAUGGAGUGCAUGUUCCGUGUCCUGCAUGACCUGAAACGCUCCGCGCCUCCCGCCGCCGCAACGGAGUCCGCGGCCCCUCCCACCCGCAGGCCGGUGAAACGCGACAUCCGCUCUUUUCACCGCACCUCCGACCUGUCCGAGGCGGACUCCGCCUGCUGCGUGGAUCUACCCAACGACGUGUCGCCGGCGAGCUGCGCCCACCGCGGCCUGGAAUGGGACUCUGGCUACUCGGAGGUGUCGGGGAGCUCCCUGCGAGGGGAGGAAGAAGAAGAGGAGGAGGAGGAAGUCGAAGAGGAAGAACAGAGCCCGGCUCCUCCCGUGCUGCGCCGACACAACCUGCCGCCAUGCGCGCGUUUGUCUUCGGGGGGGUUACUGCGUACCAGACAGGCGCGGGUGCGCCCUAAAUCCACGUCGGACGUUUGCCUGGAACAAUGGGGGGGCAUCGGAAUGGGGGUGGGCUCCCAGGACUGGACGGGGUGCCUGCUGUCCCAGAGCCGCAGCCGGCAACCUUUGGUUCUCGGGGACAAUAGCUUUGCCGAUCUGGUCAAGCAGUGGAUGGACCUUCCGGAGAACGGCGAGGAGGAGGACCGGCAGUCUCAUUGGCUGAAUAAGCCCCACGGCUUCCUGGUUAACCUCUCCGGCAACGUAAAGAGACGCCUGGGCAACAUGUCACGGACUCGCGGGCGGCCGGAGCAAGAGGCCGUGAAGCGCCUCUCCUGCCCCCAGCUGGGCUGCCGCCCGCUCUCGCCCUUCUACCACCAAUCCCUCUCCAACAUCGCAGAGGCCUCAACGGGACUGAUACAUUGCCGCAGCCGGCAGCCACUCAUAUGCAACGACGGUUCCGGGUUCUUCUGAGCCGUACUACAUGGACGCACGCGCGCACUCUGUGUAUAUACUUGUGUAUUUAUAUGUACAGCUUUUAUAUUAUUGUAUUUUUAUAAUUAUUAUUAUUUUUUUAAUUUUACAAUAAACCGGCCUCUUUCUUUUUC